GGGUUUUAUUACGUUCAACAUACUACGACUUUUAUGGAACAUCCAUGUAUAAACUUUCGUGACAUUGGCAUUACUACUUGGUUGACAAAACAGCUCGAAGAAUUGAAUUUAAGACAUCCUACGCCUGUACAAACAAAUUGUAUUCCUAAAAUUCUUGAGGGCUCUGAUGUACUCGGCUGUGCUAAAACUGGUACUGGAAAGACUCUGGCUUUUGUUUUGCCAAUAUUGCAACAGCUUUCUUCUGAUCCUUUUGGCAUUUUUGCAUUAAUUCUUACACCCACAAGGGAACUAGCUUUUCAAAUCGGUGACCAAUUUAAUGCUUUGGGUAGGCAGUUGAAUUUGAAAUGCAGCAUAAUAGUUGGCGGACGGCAUCAAAUGGCUCAAGCACAGGAAUUAGUACGCAGACCACACAUUGUUAUAGCAACGCCAGGUCGUCUUGCUGAUCAUUUACAAAGUGACCAGCUUGGAAUUGCGCGCCUUUUGAGCACUAUCCGUUUUCUUGUCUUGGAUGAGGCAGAUCGACUUUUAGAUCCAGCUUAUGCGCUUCAGCUUUCCAUUCGGAAGCCAUAUUUUUUUGAGGAGAAGGACCAGAUACAAACAGUAAAAGGAUUGGAGCAGCGUUUUGUUCUUUGUCCACGCACAUUCAUUGAUGCUUAUUUAGUCUACAUAGUCAAAGAGUUUUACACAAGCCGAGAGUCGUCUUCUAUCUUAGUAUUUGUCAAAACAUGUCGUGAGUGUCAAACUCUUGCUCUUAUGUUUAAGAAGCUUGGAUUCGAGGUCGGUUCUCUGCAUUCGGAAGUUCUGCAAAGCCUUAGAAUGUCAUCUCUAGCUCGUUUUAGAUCUGGUCGAAUUCGUAUUAUGAUUUGUACGGAUGUGGCAGCAAGGGGUUUGGACAUUCCUCAUGUCGACUUGGUAGUAAACCAUAAUGUGCCUCGUUGUCCCAAAAGUUAUUUGCAUAGAGUGGGGCGUUCAGCACGAGCUGGCCGUUUCGGAGCUGCCGUGACAUUUGUUACACAACAUGAUGUGCUUCUUUUGCGGUCGAUAGAGCAAGUUAUUGGGGAAAAAAUGGAACAAAUAGAAGUGCCACAUCAUGAAGUAACUCUUUAUGCAGCUAAAGUUUUGGCCACAAAACGAGAAGCAGAAAUUCGUUUGGAAAAUCAAGACAACAAUAGUGAUGAACGGAAAGAGAAUUGGCGCAGGAAAGAGUUGAUUUUGCAAGGAAUGAAUGAUAAAUUAAUUGAAAAAGAGAUUAGCCGUUGGAAGGAUAAUCGAAAAUCAAAGCCAAUAUUAAUAAGAAGAAAAAAACAGAAAAAGAAAUUGAAUAAAUGA